CGAAUUGAGCUCUCUCUUCGUUGUACCACUCUCUCCCUCUUCCGCUCCGGCGAUCGCCGAAACCCUAGCCCUAAGCCUAGAUCGAAUUCGCUGAUCCAUAACCCCAAGCUCUCGCUUCCGCGUGCCGCGGCUCCAUGGGGGAGGGGGCGGCCAUGGAGAUGACGGGACCGGAGGUGGCGGAUUCGUCCUUGAAGGAGGAUAUCGCCAUGGAGAUCGAGGCGCCGCCGCUGUGCCGGGAGGAGGGGGCGGCGACGGCGGAGGAUUGGCGGAGGGCGCUCGCCAGGGUCGUCCCCGCGGUGGUCGUGCUCCGCACCACCGCCGUGCGCGCCUUCGACACGGAGUCCGCGGGGGCGAGCUACGCCACCGGGUUCGUCGUCGACAAGGCCCGCGGGAUCGUCCUCACCAAUCGCCACGUCGUCAAGCCCGGGCCGGUGAUCGCGGAGGCGAUGUUCGUAAAUAGAGAGGAGAUCCCGGUUUACCCUAUAUACAGGGAUCCCGUGCAUGAUUUUGGCUUCUUUCGCUAUGAUCCUGGAGCAAUCAAAUUUCUAAAGUACGAGGAAAUUCCUCUUGCACCUGAAGCUGCAUGCGUUGGACUGGAAAUUCGGGUUGUUGGUAAUGAUAGUGGUGAAAAGGUUUCAAUUUUGGCAGGAACACUUGCUCGGCUUGAUAGAGAUGCACCUCACUACAAGAAGGAUGGAUACAAUGACUUCAAUACUUUCUACUUACAGGCUGCUUCUGGCACUAAAGGUGGUUCUAGUGGUUCACCAGUUAUUGACUGCCAUGGAAGAGCUGUUGCCUUAAAUGCUGGAAGCAAAUCUUCUAGUGCUUCUGCCUUCUUUCUUCCUUUAGAACGAGUUGUGAGGUCAUUAAAAUUAAUACAAGAUAGUUGGGAUGCAUUUCGAAGCAAGCCAGAAACUAUCUCAGUUCCUCGUGGUACGCUUCAGAUGACAUUUGUACAUAAAGGGUUUGAUGAAGUACGACGACUUGGACUUAGAAAUGAAACAGAACAAAUGGUGAGGCUUGUUUCUCCUAUUGACGAGACAGGAAUGCUGGUUGUCGAUUCUGUGGUGCCUGGUGGUCCUGCACAUAAGCAUUUAGAACCUGGUGAUGUUCUAGUCUGUCUAAAUGGGGAGGUUGUUACCCAAUUUCUUAAACUGGAGACUAGACUUGAUGACACCGUUGACGGGGAGUUGGAUUUGCUUAUUGAAAGAGGAGGAGUUCCAUUAACGGUGAAAUUGAAGGUUCAGGAUUUGCACUCGAUAACUCCGAACUACUUUCUGGAAGUGAGUGGUGCCAUUAUCCACUCGCUCUCUUAUCAGCAGGCUCGAAACUUUCGCUUCAAAUGUGGUCUUGUAUACGUUGCUGAGACAGGGUAUAUGCUUUCUCGAGCAAGUGUUCCGCGCCAUGCCAUUAUCAAAAAGUUUGCAGGAGAAGAGAUAUCAAAGUUAGAUGAUCUUAUCUCUGUGCUCGCCAAAUUAUCUAAAGGUGCUCGAGUGCCUUUAGAAUAUGUAAGCUACACCGAUCGCCAUCGGAACAAGUCAGUGUUAGUGACCAUUGAUCGUCAUGAAUGGUAUGCCUCUCCUCAGUUGUAUACUCGAAAUGACAGCACUGGAUUGUGGACUGCUAGACCGGCAAUACCAUCAGAUUCACCUCUAUUAGCUUCAACCAUUCAUGUGGGACCAACAGAUCCAAACUCAACCCAAGUGUACCCAAUGGCUGAAACUGUUCUGUUGGAAAAUAAACGGCAACAUGGGGAUGCAAAUUCAGCAGAUGGAUGUAGUAGAAUGCAAACCGAUGAUGAAAGUUUUGUUGAGGGAUCACACCCUGGUGAAGAUCCUGUUGUUGAGAAAAAGAGGCAAAGAAUCGAUGAGGAUUCAACAGUAGAAGAAAGUAUUUUCUCUAAUCGAGAUUUCAUUAACAGUAAAGAGCAGACUUUUGAAAAUCGUGCUAGUGCAGAAAAUACAGAUCUUUCACAUGAUCAAGGAACACCGCUGAGUAAUGCAUCAAUGGCUGAACAAGUGAUUGAGCCCUCCCUUGUAAUGUUUGAGGUUCAUGUGCCUUCAUCAUGUAUGCUUGAUGGAGUGCAUUCCCAACACUUUUUUGGAACUGGGGUUAUUGUAUUUCACUCGGAGACUAUGGGUUUAGCUGCUGUUGACAGAAACACAGUGGCUGUGUCUGUUUCUGACGUGAUGCUUUCAUUCGCUGCAUAUCCCAUUGAAAUUCCUGGAGAGGUUGUUUUUCUGCAUCCUGUGCACAACUAUGCACUAGUUGCUUAUGAUCCUUCUGCCCUUGGAGCAGGGGCUUCUAUUGUUCGUGCAGCUAAGCUUCUUCCUGAACCUGCUUUACGUCGGGGAGACUCGGUUUAUCUAGUUGGAUUAAGUAGGAGUUUACAGGCUACAUCAAGGAAAUCGAUUGUCACCAAUCCUUGUGCUGCUGUAAAUAUCGGAUCAGCCGACUGCCCACGUUAUCGAGCAAUAAAUAUGGAGGUUGUUGAGCUUGAUACUGAUUUUGGAAGUACCUUCUCUGGAGUUCUGACAGAUGAUCAUGGAAGAGUUCAAGCAUUAUGGGCGAGCUUUUCUACCCAAAAAAAGUGCCGACGCCGAAAGCGAGCUGUAUCUAGUGUCACUGGUAGUGAAGACUUUGCACUACUGAAAGCUCGCAAAGAAAUAAUACAAGUUGUGAGGGAAAAACGUAAACAACUGAAGUACGGCUCUAGCUCUUCGGAGGAUCAUCAGUUUGUUAGAGGCAUACCUAUCUAUGCAGUUAGUCAAGUCCUUGAGAAGAUAAUUGUUGGCGCAUCCGGACCUGUUCUACUAAUCAAUGGAAUAGAGAGGCCAAUGCCACUUGUCAGAAUUUUGGAGGUGGAACUUUACCCAACUUUGCUAUCUAAGGCAAGAAGUUUUGGAUUAUGUGAUGAUUGGGUUCAGGCUCUUGCCAAAAGGGAUCCAAUUAGAAGGCAAGUGUUGCGUGUCAAAGGUUGUUUGGCCGGAUCAAAGGCUGAGGGCCUCUUGGAACAAGGGGAUAUGAUUCUGGCAAUUAACAAGGAGCCGAUUACCUGCUUUCAUGACAUAGAAAAUGCUUGCCAAGAGCUCGACAUAUCUGAAGGAAAUGAUGAUGGGCUCCAAAUGACUAUUUUCAGACAGGGCAAAGAAAUUGAUCUAGCAGUUGAAACGGAUAUCCGAGAUGGAAUGGGUACGACCCGCAUGGUGAAUUGGUGCGGCAGCGUUAUUCAGGAUCCUCAUCCCGCAGUCCGUGCACUAGGUUUUCUUCCGGAAGAAGGUCACGGUGUUUAUGUGGCUAGAUGGUGCCAUGGAAGUCCAGUACAUAGAUAUGGCCUCUACGCCCUCCAGUGGAUAGUUGAAGUCAAUGGAAAGCUCACACCGGAUCUUGAAACCUUCAUACAAGUGGUAACGGGGUUGGAACACGGCGAAUUUGUCAGAGUAAGGACGGUUAGUCUAAACGGGAAGCCCCGCGUGCUUACUCUGAAGCAGGACCUUCACUACUGGCCCACUUGGGAACUCAGGUUUGAACCUGAGAGCGCAGUGUGGCGCCGAAGGACGAUAAAAGAGAUUGAUCCUAGCGUAUAGAAUGGUUUAUUUCUAUCUGGUGGUAAAACCAUUUACCACAAUCAGCUCUCAGAUCAUGAUAUGCUGAAAAAUUAAUUUUAAAAGAAAGGCAGAGAUGUGCUCCAGUGCAUGGAAGGUGUGGCGGAGGUCAUCAUCGACUACAACUCCGGCACGAGACAUCACAUUCAGGUAAUAUAUUACCUUGCCAUGGGCAUUUACGCCAAUCCAAUAUUAUUUCGGCUGGUAUUCUAUUUUCCUCUUUCCUUUCGUUUUGUCUUUCUAUCGCCGUUCUUCGAUCAUGUACAAUAAAUUUUAGGUUUUGAAGGUGUGAAUCUCUAUGCCAUUGUUGUAUGCUUAGAUUGUAUGCUUAUAAUUUGUAAGUUUGGUCCAAUAAGGUGACAAAAUGUAGCAGGAUUAAUUAAACGACAGCUUAUCUUUUGAAGA